UCUACCUCUUAUUCUGUUUCUGCAUCACAUCGCUCAAGCGCUUAGAGAACAGAGGAUACAGGGAUGAUGAUGAUGAUGAUGAUGAUAAACAUACAGAGAAACUGUGUCAUUUAUAGAGCACCUCACUCCGCUUUACACCUUAGCUAAAGAUGCCAAACACGGAGGCACGGACAGCCUUAUCAUAGGGCCACAGUCUGCAGGACGCAAAGAGCAGCUUGUGUCUGCGGACAAAAACAACGAGGGACUCUGCGAAGCUUACAGGGCAUUAAGAGCACCAACUAAUCCUGUGCAUGGCCAAAAAUAUAAAAGCGAAGAGCAAAGAACGGGCUUUUGCGUGAGGUAGGAGAUGUUCGGACUAAAGAAAUCGCAGCAGCAGCAGUAGGAUUGCAAACAUUCAGUGUUAUUUCAGUUUUUAGCUAUUGGAAAUGGGAGCUUUGACAAGCCGUCAGAAUGCAGGAGUGGAGGAGGUCGAUAUUUCAACCAGUUCUGUUUACAGAUACCCACCCAAAUCCGGGAGUUAUUUUGCUAGCCAUUUCAUUAUGGGAGGAGAGAAAUUUGAUUCAACUCAUCCUGAAGGCUAUCUGUUUGGUGAAAAUACUGACCUCAACUUCCUUGGCAACAGACCAGUAGUGUUCCCGUACAAUGCUCCCCCUCCACAUGAGCCGGUCAAGACCCUCCGGAGUCUCAUCAACAUCCGUAAAGACACUCUGCGACUUGUCCGAUGUAGUGAAGACAUGAAGCUUCCUGGACAGGAAGUUGGAAAAAGCCAAAGCUGCUAUAAUAUUGAGUUUACCUUUGAUGCCGACACACAAGUUACCAUCACCAUAUACUACCAAGCCAUUGAAGAAUUUCACAAUGGUGUGCCAAUAUACUUGCCGCAGGACAGCUCUCUGCAGUCAGAGACGGUGCACUUCAAACGCGGCGUCUGCCAACAGUUCUGUCUGCCCUCUCAUUACGUCAACUUAUCAGAGUGGGCAGAUGAGGAGCUAUUGUUUGACAUGGAUAAAGACAUCUACCCCAUGGUUGUACAAGCAGUAGUGGACGAGGGAGAUGAACACUUGGGACACUCUCAUGUUCUUCUUGCAACGUUUGAGAAACAUAUGGAUGGAAGUUACUGUGUAAAACCUCUGAAACAGAAACAAGUGGUGGAUGGUGUUAGUUACCUGCUGCAGGAGAUCUACGGUAUAGAGAACAAAUACAACAGUCAAGAACCAAAGGUGGCAGAAGAUGAGAUUAGUGACAACAGCGCGGAAUGUGUGGUGUGUUUGUCAGACGUGCGGGACACACUUAUCCUGCCCUGCAGACACCUGUGCCUGUGCAACGCCUGCGCAGACACGCUGCGUUACCAGGCCAACUGUUGCCCCAUCUGUCGACUGCCGUUUCGUGCCCUCCUUCAAAUUCGAGCGAUGAGGAAAAAACUGAGCCCACUCACACCUACUGGAUUCAACCCUGUCAUCACCUCACAGACAUCAGAUUCAGAGGAGCACUCGGCAUCAGAGCACAUCCCACCAGGCUAUGAAGCUGUGUCCCUGUUGGAGGCCUUGAAUGGGCCCCUGAACCCAUCACCAUCUGCUCCUCCACUUCAGGGCCAUGUUUCUGGAUCUGUGCCCACAUAUGGCAGUGAUAGCCACCUCACGCCUGCACGCUCCCUCUCUCCGCUAGAACACUCGGUCAACUCCAGCCAGAAUGUGAAACACAAGAAGAGUGCCUCUAAAUCCCUCUCCCAGAAUUCUUCAGUGCUGCCUGAGGAGGAGGAUGAGAAGUCAGGCAGUGAGUCUGAAGUGCAAACGUGCAGGAGAAAACUGCAUGCAGAACAGCAAGAGUCUGGAGUGACUCCUGAAAGUGACAACAUCACCCUGUCAUCCUCUGGGGCCAUAGAUCAGUCCUCCUGCAACGGGACCCCUCUGUCCUCCACAAUCACCUCCCCAGAGGAUCCAAUAAGCAGCAGCCUGGCCCAGUCUGUGAUGUCAAUGGCAUCCUCUCAUAGCCAGCACUCUCAGAUCAGCACAGACACACUCUCUUCAAUGUCCGGAUCCUACAUGGCUGGUGCCGAGGGAGAGGAGGCCGCUGAGACCCGAGCAGAGAGCCGAGCACCUUCCCAACAUGAGGGUGAGGAAAUCCCCAACGAGGCAAAAGGGCAUAACUUUGUGGCUGUCAUUCUUGAAGAACAGGAUUCAGAGGGUAAUGAUGUGACUGAGGAAGAUUGCGCAUCUCCCACCAAAGAACAUGGUGGGCGCAGGAGGAGCGAGGUGCCUUGUCCAGAGUUUGACAAUAACAAUCAGGGGCAGUCUGACACCCACUAUAUGACAGGCCUGGACAAUGAGCAGCCUCCUGAUGGCCGAUUCACUGGUCUGUUAUACCUCGAUGUCUAUCGUCAUGGAUGGGAUCCUUUGACUCACCAUGCGUCCACCAGCAACAUCAACCUGGAAGAGCAAGGGGUCUCCAAUGAGGUGGCGAAUCCCAAGAACAAAUCUCAUCGUGGACCCCUAGCUGUGUAAAAUCCUCAAUCCACCCAGUCACAGACCUACUCCACUCCUGAGAGGAAUAUCUGCCUCUUUCUUCAUGCCACCUCCACGCAAACUCGUGCCCACACCAAUUACUCAUGCAUCAAAUCCUAAAUGCAAACCAGGGAGAAUUGAUAGUGUGGUUUCUCUUCUCCAUUGUGAUAAAUGUCAUGUUUUUGGCGCUCUUUUGGCACCACGUUUACACCAACGCUCCACCCCCCCAUGCGUACAAAUGAAGGGAUGACUCAAGCAAGCUCUCCCGGUAAAAAGCAGGAAAACGAGAACAUGAUGAAGAAUCCAACCUCUGAUCUAAGCAUUUCAUGUCAAAUUUCUUGUCAAGGCUGUGCGACUAUGCUUUUUAAAGUUCAUAAUCAAAUCCUGCUGAUAUUCUCCUCAGUAAUGUCACUGAGCGUUUGAAUAUUUCACAGUACAAUCAAAUAGUCUCUUAUAACUCUCUGGAAUUUGUCUGUUUUACUUUGAGAACCAACAAGACUUUUAUUUUUUGUUGAAAAUUUUAAUUUAUUUAAUUUUUUAUGUUAGCUUAGCUCUUGUUAUCACUGUAAUAGUUCAAUGUGUUGAUUAUUGUACCGUAUGAAUGGUGUGAAAUUUCUCCAAAUGGGAUUGUAUAAUUUACACACGCACUAGUAGAUUUUCCCUUUACAGCAGAUAAUGCGGUGCAUGUGGUAAGUGCAUGGUAGUUAGAAAAUAGAAAUCCUCCACCUUUUACAUUUGCACUAUAUGUCUAGCCCUUCCGCACUGAGCUUGCACACUGUGUAAGCAAGGUAUUGAGUGACAAAACAAGCAAUACAGGAGCAUAAUAGCAUGUUGUUGUCUGCAGGCAAUACAGAUAAACUUAGCCAUGCACUGAAUGGUUUAAAGCAGAAUGUCACAAUAACAUGCAAAGAGAAACAUCUGUGGAGUAACAUGGAUAAAUUCAAGGGUAUUUUCUCCAGUUUUGUUAUCUGUAUUGCUUUUGUUCUGUCCUCUUUCUGCAACAGGAGGAGUGACUCUAAACUAAACCCAUAUGAGGAAUGGGUUUCGUCAAUCCAACUUUUGUAGAAUAAAGAUUAAAAAAGGUCAAAAACACAAUAAACCUUUUCUUAAAAAAAGAUUUGUUUGAGGCAUUUUACUCUCUCUUUUUAAGCUCAAUUUUUAUUCUCUCUUUUUCAGAUUUACAGUUCAAGUGUAGUUGCCAGAUAUUUACAGU